AUGUUCAUUUUCCUUCUGUUUCUGGCUGUUAUUGCGCGCUUCACCCUCUUGCAGGCCCAUGGGGAACAGACGUUCCGGCCUGCAGCAAUCCCACUUGCUGCUCGGACGCCUUACUUGAAUGCGUAUAUGUGGACGACAAACACAUCAACGACGUCUUCGAGUAGUUGGCCGUCCUUUUGGACAACGCAGACUCUGGGGUGGGCAUGUACGAUCAGGGUGGAUGGAAAGACGUAUACCUUGAUGGGCGAUAACAAUCUUUCGAGCAACUACUCCGUAAACACCGGCACUGUGCUCGAGACAGAGCUGACUCCAACUCGCACCAUCCAAGUCAUCCAGGCUGGCCCUUUAAAUGUUACCUUGACGUUUCUGAGUCCAAUAACUCCAUCCGACCUCGUACGCCAGUCUCUUCCGUUCUCCUACUUGGCUGUGGACUUCACAUCUACCGACGGCCAAUCGCAUGAUGUACAGCUGUACUCAGACAUAACCGGAGAAUGGCUGUAUGGUGGCACACUUACAGACCGAGGUCAGAAGAUUACGUGGAACUCGACACAAACCGACAGCAUCAUAUAUCAUCAUGAGCGACUCGAGACGUCAUCACCUUUUCAGGAAUUUGAUCAACAGGCCAUUGACGGUACAGCGUACUAUGCGAUGUCUUUGGAACAAGGCCGCAACGUCACCUGGCAGACAUGCGCAACAUUAGUUUGCCACGAAGAGUUUGUGCUCGCAGGAGGCGUCAAUAGCAAAGACAGUGAUUACGACUAUCGCCCAAUCCUAAUAAACUGGCCCGUCUUCCCCAUAUCAGUCAAUCUGGGAAAUGUAUCUUCUACGGACUCAGCUGUCGUCUGGGUCGUCGGUUACGUCCGCGAUUCAUCUAUCAAUUACACGUUGUCUGGCAACACCACAUCGCUGCGCCCGUACUACACUACAGAGUAUGGUACCGCUGAGAGCGCCUUAGAGUUCUUCAUCUCCGAUUUCAAUAACUCGCUUGCUGCGGCGACGGCUCUCGACGAGGCGAUCCGUGCAGAAGCUUCAACUAUAUCUCCUGAUGGAAAGCUAUUCAACGUGCUCUCUCUCGCCACUCGACAGGCAUUCAGCUCUCUGGAGCUUACGGCACCUUCUGACAUUGGUCGGUCAGGUAGCAUACCGCGAAUCUUCAUGAAAGAUGCAGGGACUAGUCGACGCGUUACUCCCGUCGAGAACUUGUAUGCUGCGCUGCCGAUGUUCCUGUAUUUCAAUGCCUCUCUAGUCAGACCGCUCUUGGUACCUCUUCUGGAGCAACAGAACGCGUCGAUCGGAGCAUUCCCGUACGCAGUGAGAGACCUAGGCAGCUCGUUUCCAGAGGUAUCUGGUCCGACCCUGAUGCUCGGCGAGGCGGUUGAACAAACCAGCAACAUGCUUAUCAUCGCCCUUGCUUAUGCUCAGCACUCAAACGAUACUUCAAUACUUUACGAUUAUUACGACUUGCUCAAGACGUGGGCCAACUAUCUGAAGCAGAACGCACUGUUUCCUGCGAAUCAGAUGUCUAUCGACAACGGGGCUAUCUCCUCGAAUUCGAGCAACCUCGCGCUAAAGGGCAUAUUCGCCAUUCAGGCCAUGGCGGAGAUCAGUCACCUAGUCGGCGCGAGUGAUGACUCUCAACAGUUCGGCAGCACAGCAUCUGACUUCAUCAACACAUGGCAAUCGCUUGCGUUGGUGGCUGGCGAUCAUACAUCCAUGCUCACGACAUUCGGCGGCGACCAGGACAGCUGGUGUCUGCCGUACAACCUCUAUCCUCAGACCCUGUUGGGGUUCAAUCUUUUGAAUCAGUCGUGGCUUGACAAGCUCACGGUGACAUACGGACAACGAGUCCAAUCUACAGCUAAUGGGUAUGCGUACGGAUUACCCAUCGACAGCACGUACAGUUCGCCUGGCAACUCAGCGUGGAAUGCGUUCACGGCCGCAACCUUCACCAAUGACACAGUACGUCGGCAACUCUUGGACGCACUAUGGAACUAUGCGUCGAACAACGGCUCGACAUUCCCAUUCUCUGCGCUGUACAACGUCGAGAGUGGUGCCUACGUGAACAGUACAGCGAGUCCCGCGCUAGGAGGCUUGUUCGCUCCAAUACUGCGAAGCGGUACCAUUAUAGCGGCCUCCACAGGCGGGAACUCGCCCUCCAACAGCGUCACUUCGUCUCACACCAAUGUCGGAGCCAUAGCAGGCGGCGUAGUCGGCGGUGUCGUCGGUUUGCUCCUGCUCGUCGGGCUUGGCGUACUCCACCUACUUCGACAUCGCCGAUCCCGAGGAGACGUUGAUCUCUUAGAGCCCAUGCCCUUCAAGUCUUCCGCUCCGUACUCACCUAUCGUCCUUCCAGAGAAGCGGCGACGGGGUUCGCAGGAAGGGGUACCACCGUUGCCAUCAACGGACUCGUCUGCAGCCGUACGCACCGCACCCUCUGUGCCUAAUCAUGCGACGGUUCCCCCAACGACCAGCGACCCGCUCGGAUCGCGUCUAGACGAACUGCUCAACCUGCGCUCGGAUAUCCAGGAUUUGCGCAGGAUCGUGCUGGGCGCGCCGGUCGCGGGACCAGAGCUGUCGGAUUUGGGCGCGCCACCGGGUUAUUCGUAGCCUGCACUGUUCGCUUUGGGUUGAAGCUCUGAGUUUCCUGUCUCGCUGUUAAAUUGAGGUCUGAUUCUUCUUCAAGUUUAGUCAGCAUAUCCAGUCCCAAGUCGUUGAUACCAC